AUGGUUAACACAAAACGUUUACGAAGCGAAAGUUUUUAUAAUUUUCAUGAAAAUAAUGAUCGAAAACGAUUCUUGUCAUCAACAACAAACGAUAGUUUUACACAAUUUGAACAUCUUGCAAAUGAACUUAUUUAUGACAUAUUUGAUUAUCUUGAUUUUUAUCAUAUUUAUUUAAGUUUUUUCAAUCUUAAUUUUCGAUUUCGUUCUCUUCUUAUUGAUUCAACUCUUCCAUUAAAUAUUAAUUUAUUUCUAAUGUCUAAAACAACAUUCAAUCAAUACAAUGAAGAUAUAAUUAAACCUAAUCAACAACGUAUUGAUAUAUUUCGACUUACAAAUUAUUAUAUGUUUGAUAAAAAUACAUUUCUAUUUUCACAAAUGAUAUCACUUCAAACACUUAUUCUUGAAACUGUUCGAUCAGUACAAAUGAAAGAUAUAAUUCAACAAUUAAUUUUAUUACCAAAUCUUUCAUCAUUAACUAUUUCAACAAUUAAUGCCGUCGAAAAUAUUGAUUUUAUUUAUAAACAAGUAUUUCGUUUAACUUCAUUACGAUAUUGUAAAUUAUCAUUAUCAAGAAAAUUUCCAAAACAUGUAUCACCAUUAACUCUUAACGAAUAUAGUCCAAUUGAACAUUUAAAUAUCGAUCAUGGACUAGGAUUUGAUGAAUUAAGUACAUUAUUAUUAUAUCUUCCACAACUUCGUCAUCUUUCAACACAUAUAUGGCAUAAAACAGAUUUUAUAUUAAAACCUCCAUGUGCUGUUUUGAAUAAUUUAACACAUGUGUCUUUAAAAUUGUAUGGUUGUGUUACAUUUAAUGAUUUCGAACUAUUUUUAGUUAAUUAUUGUACAUCUAUUCAAUUCUUACGUAUUUCUGGUGAUAAAGAAUUGCUUAAUGCUAAUAGAUGGAAACGAUUAAUAUCUUCAUCUUUAACAAAUUUACAAACUUUUGAUAUUGAAUGUGAAAUACGUUUCGUUGACAAUACAGCAAUUAAACAAGAAAUGAAGAAUUUUAAUUCUUUAUUUUGGAUUGAACGACAAUGGUUUUUUGAAUGUCGUGCCUAUUCAACAAAAUUUUAUGAUGAAACACUUUUCUAUUCAACGAAUCCAUUUAGAAGAAAAAAAUAUCGACUAAGUCAAGGCAAAUCAAAUAAGAAUCGUUUCCAAACAAUUUUAAAUUCAGUUCAUCAUGUUACAAUUGAAGAUAAUAACGAAAUUAAAGAAAAUACAUAUUAUUUUCCACAGGCUACUACACUUACUCUAGCAUCUAAAGUUUCUAUUAAUGAUAUAACAAUUGUAAAUAAUCUUCAACGUAUUUUAUCUUUAAAACAAAUUCAAAUUCUUGAAAUUCUAUCUGAUCAUUUAUGUCCUUUAAAGAUGUCUGAAUUAUUAUCAUAUAUGCCUAAUGUACAUACAUUAACAUUUCGAUCAAUGUCAUUUGAUGGAUAUGGUAAAAAACUUUUUGAACAAAAUCCAUUAUUUCGAUUAAUAUCGAAAAUAAAUUUAAUUAAAUCGAUUCAUUUUUAUGGUAAAUGUACAUUACAAAAUCUUGAAAUAUUUCUCAAAUUAUUUCCGAAUUUACAAUAUAUUGAAACAUCUGUCGAAUUACAACAAAUACAAUUAGUUUUACAAUAUUUAUUAAAUAAAACUAAUACAAAUGCUCGACAUUUAAGAUUAUUAUGUUUUAGUUGUGAUGGUAAAGAAUCUCAUUAUAUAAGUAAAUUAAUUAAAUCAAGACUUUUACCAUGCGAUUGUAAAACAAUUUUUGAUGAUCAACAUUUAAGAUUAUAUAUAUGGUGGUGA